GGUUCAGUCACCUAUGAGCCACAACAACAAGAGGUCGGCGAUGUAAACAAACUGCCGUGUCUUGGAUUUUUCCACUUACUACCCGAGAUUUUGUGUUUGUACCUGUCUACGAAUAAUCUACCUGUCGCCGUGAGGGAAAAAAUCAACACUCACCAUGACAGACCCAGACAGGAAUCCAUUGAAGAAACAGUUAUCAAAAUCAUCCCUAGAGAAGAGUCUGCAGAUGAUCUCUCCUCCACAGCAAGCACCUAUCACCAUAUAUCCAGGUCCCAGGGCUGGCAUGGCCACCAUGUCUAAAGCUGAUCUGGAAAUUGCUCAACGUUUGGAAAACCUGCGGAAAUCUCACAUUGAUGAGUUACCAACUGAGGAAGAGAUGGCUUCCAGACUUGCUCAUCUGAAAGGCCUUCCUUCAGACCACUACAACAAGCCUUCCAUUGUGCACCAGCCACCUGACACUAGAACUGAUGGCCAGAAGGCUGAUGAUCUAAUUUCUCAGGCUAUGGGUGAAGUGGCCUUAGACGAGAAGAUGGUUAAGGCCGAUGAUGAGUUGGAGACACGACUGGCUCGCCUCAGGGGUGAUGAAGCCCAGGCCCGGGGUGCCAUUGCCAGACCACCUGCUGCCUUCUCCUUGUCACCCAAUGCCAGGGCUGAUGACACCUUAGGGGAAGAUCUAGAUGACAUGAGUAUGGAUGAGGUAGAAGCUCUGAUGAAAGCUGCUGAGAAAGAGGCCAGUGCUGAUGCAGCAAAGGCCUUGGGAGAGCUACAAGCUGAGCCUGAGCUAGCAGGAGCGAUGGCACAGGCAACAAGAAGGAAGGAAAAGGGACGGCAGAAGUCCAAGUCAUCCAAGGGGAAGAAGGGCGAGUCAUCUGAUGAGGAGCGGCACAGCAAAAGUUAUGAUAGUGAUAUAGAUUUAGAAAUAGAUGGAGGAAAGGCUAUUGAUGCAGUGACUGAGCAAGAAGAGGUGCAGAGGAUCAUUGACAUGUAUACGAAGAGGGCACAACUCAAGAAAGAGAAGAAGAGGAAAAAGAAAGAGGCUGCCGCAGCAGCAGCUGCUCAAGGGGGUGCUGCGGCGGCCGUGGGGGGAGAUGACUCUGAUUCUGACAUUGAAGUUAGCUCAGAGUCGGACCUGACCUCAGAGAGUGAAAAGUUUAGCAUGAGUGAUGAAGAUGAACUCAGUGAAUGAGAGUUUGGUGAAUCUUUCUAAACAGGUUUAGCAUAUGAGUUUUGAGCUUUUAAAACUUUUAUGUGCUGGGAAGCUUCGCUGAUGUGUACAGUAAGAUUGAUACGUGAAGGAUCACAUCAAGAAGCAGAUUGUUGAAUUAUUUGUAACCGUUAACUACAAGUGAAGGUUUAGUAAAUGAUAGUGGUAACAUGUAAGCAACUUUGUACACUUAUUUAUACAUAACAUAGUUAUAUAUUUUUAUGUACCACUGUUCUUUGCAAAUUUUGUGUCUUGGUAUUGUAUAAUGAAAGUAUUUUAUCCAUUGUAAUUACAUAUACACCAGUAUUUUAGUUGGCAUGCUACUUAAUAUAUUUUUCUAGCACCAUGAAAUUGUGUAUAUCUUUGAUCAAUAUAAGAUGUAAUUCUUGAGGACUUUUUUUCAGCGAAAACAAAGGAAUUAAGAGAUUUGUCCUCAAUGAUGUCUCUCAUUGACUGUUUCUCCAGGGACUGUCUUCCUGGUUUAGUACUCAUAUUAUUUUACUCAUUGUUUUGGUGGUUUCCAUCAAUAUAAUAUUGUUGAUAUUUUGUUGGUUAUGAGAUAAAUGGUGUAUACUGCACUGCAGCUUGGCCUGAUGAAAGGGAUUUGAUUCAUAUAUGGUAAAUGAUCAUUUGUAAUACUGAUUCACAAUAAUGAAUUAAGUAUAACAGAGUAUAAUAUGAAAAAGAUUCAUCUUAGGAUCUUGAUUCCACGGACAUGUGAUAUGUGGGAUGUGAUUCUCAUGAACGAAUGAAUGAUUGGACGAACUGAACUGAAUAAAAUGGUGCUUUGUAGCUGUGGUGACCAGCUGGGUGAACCAGUCACCAUUAGCCAUGAGCCACACACCCUGCACUGAGACGUGACUCAUCACGUCCUCUUUCAACUUGCUACUGUGCUUCACAGUUUUGCCAACAACAAAUGCUUCAUGAAAAAAUAUCUGCUAUAAUGUGUAAAAAUAGAGAAAGAUCACUGCAACAAUGUGUAUAAAAGUGAAGAUUCUCCUGCUUUUCUGGAUAAGAACACAAGUGGUUUGAUUUUUGCUUGUGCCGCUCUGUGUGGGCCCCCUCAAUGCUGAAGGCCAUCUUGCCAAUACUAUGCCUAAGUAAGCCUAAUGUUACCAUCAUGUUGCUGUGUCUUAUUGUGAAGUCAUUGGAGUGUGUGGCCAUAAGCACCUGACAGCAUUUGUACAGCUUUGUUGAAGUACUUGGAUGCAUGAGUAUGGUGUUCUUCUCUACCUCCACUUUGUCACAGUCACAUUACUGCCACACCUUGUGCCUAAUGUUCAGUUGCCAGGUUCUUCCUUCCUUUGGUUCACCUAUUGUUGAUACUUCAUACUUGAAUCUAAAAUGCACUCUGAAAUGUGGACAAAGCGGAACAAAGCUUUAGCCCAAAGUAGCUAAUAAUUCUUUACUACAAAUUGGCAACAUAUGUGGAGGAGCAGCCUGAGUACUAAGCACAGAUAUCACAUUGUAUUUUAAUGACCAGAAGCUCAUCAUGCUAUGAUAUGCAUGUAUUCUCUUGAGGUGAAAAUGACAGAGUUUAUGCAUAAUAUUGUGCCCCUUGAAUUGUGAUUUUUCCUAUUUCCUUAGCAUAAGUGUACAUGCAGUGUGCAUUGAGCUUAUUAAAGUGAGCUUGUAAUCAGCCUGUGCUUUCCUCAACACUCCUCUUAACACAGGAACCACUGAGAGUGUAAUAAGUAACAAGGAGAAUGACAUAGUGGCCUUACAUGCUACUUACGGAUCUUGUUCAGGUAUGAAAGUUUGUUUACAAUUCCUCUUUGACAUGAAUAGCCAUGCUGCAGAUGGUUCCUGGACAGCCUUGUUCAUCUUGCUGGUGAUGUAGAUAUUUGUGAUCUGUGAUGCUUCAUGUACUCUAAAUGAAAAGUGCAAUGCCCAGUUGUCUAUCUGAGGAAUGCAUACUUGUUAUAACUCUUAUUGCUAUUCUUUACCAAGUGAUGAAUUGUUUGUUGAUCAUAGUAUCCUCAUGUAAUUAUAUUGUAUUGCAGAUUCUGUUUAAGAUUGUGGUAAGAUAAAGAAAUUUACAUAAAUAGGCAGGAUAAUAUUCAAUAAGGUCAUGUAUAGACUAAAAAUAUGAAAAUGUAUUACACUAAUGCUAUGCGUAAUUUGACUGACUAUUGAACAGGUUUAUAAUUAUGUAACUGGUAAAAUAUAUGGUUUCCCAAGUAGAGAUGUAACAUUUUACAGUGUUCCAGUGUAUUUUGUGACAACCUCUUGGGAUGGCUGCACAUCACCUAAGCACUGCACUGGCAGGCUUUGCAUGACUUUUCCUCAGACUGUGUUCACAUGAAAACAGGUUAACAGAAAUACCAAAUAUGUUUUUUUUAUUAUCAUUUCAAUUAUGGUUAUACUAAUGAAAAGUAUUUUAGUUAAUUACUUAGAUAUGCAUAUCCAGUUCCUUGACCUGGAAGAGUUACAUCAUGUAUGUGUGUAUAAUUUCAUUGAUGGGCAUGUAGAUGAAGGGAGUGCAACUAAUCAGGUAACAUGAAAAUUAGAGGUUGACAGUAAGACAACAACGACGUUGGGAAGGUUUUAUUGUUACCUUGCAUUUGAAUGUUGUGUUACAAGUCACAAGGUCACUACAGCAGUCCACUCCAGUUCUUAACUUGUUGUCCUCUAGGAACAUUAAGUUUGAUAAUACUUGUAUUUAAUCAGCUAAAUAAUCAUAGUAUAUGAAAUACUUCCUUUUUUAUGUUUUGCAGAUCUGAAGUAUUUUUUCCAGAGUUCCAAGAAUUUUAAUAUUGAAAAGAGAGCAUGCUUCAAGAAAACACAACAAAAGUCUAUGAAAUAUAUACACCAAACAGCA